CAAUCCUAUCGCAUCAAUUGCGUCGAGACCAUCAAUCGCUCUCGGAGAUGGCGGACUCUAGGCCCCAUUCACCACUAUCAUCUACUCAAUCCUUUGACCUGCGCGACGACGGAGCACCAGAACCACCACCACCGGCUCAAUUGCUCGACCACGACGAGUAUCGCAAUGACAACAUCCGCGACAACGAACAUGAUGCAUCAACUCAACUGCCUUCGUCCCUAGUGUGAGUUGUCCCACUGCCUGAUCGUCAUAGUUAAGCGGGUCGAUUAUGACUGGCAGACGGUUUUCUUUAUCACAACGAUACACACACACACUAUUCAUGUGCUCUCUGCUCUCUUCCCUCCCAUCCUUACCCACACUCCGGCUUCCUGUCUUUCCAUCUCCUCCUCUCUUCUCCCAACUCCCCUUCCAUCCGUCACCUCCUCUCCUUCCCGUCACCGCUCAGUGAGCAGCCACCCUUCCCCCCGGCGAUACCAUGUGCUCAAAGUACGCCUUCCAUACCGGUCAGGGGCCGUUAUAAAAUGCCAACUCCUACCCAUCAGGUACGCCUGUUGGAAGGACUGGGGCACUUGGUUGGUGUGGAAGUAGUUCUGGGAGAUAUAUCGUCUCGCUAGGGCAGCUGUAGGAAGAUGCCCGGGCUAGCGCUCGGCACUCCCAAAUACACAGCUACUCCGUUUCUUGCUGGCGACAGGCUUGAAGUUUGUGACCGCACCGGUCAGGGGUCGUUAUAAAAUGCCAACUCCUACCCAUCAGGUACGCCUGGCGAAAGGACUGGGGCCCUUGGUUUGUGUGGGAGCAAUUCUGAGAGCGGUAUUGCUAUGCAAGGACGGUGUGAUAAUCACCAGAGCUAGUAGGCUCAGUCAUACAGGUACUACGUUUCUCGCGGACGAUGAACCCGAAGCACAUAAUCACAUCGGUCAGGGGCCGUUAUAAAAUGCCAAUUCCUACCCAGCAGGUACGCCUGGUGGAAGGACUGGGGCCCUUGGUCUGUGCGGGGAUGUUGCUGAGAAAGUAUGCGACCAUAUCGGUCAGGGGUCGUUAUAAAAUGCCAACUCUUACCCACCAGGUACGCCUGGUGGAAGGACUGGGACCCUUGGUUUGUAUGGGAGCAUCACUGAUAGAUAAGUAUACUGAUAAGUUUGUAGUUCAAACGAGCGUUGUGAGGAUCAUGGAGAAAACCUCGAUACCGAGUUGAUCGAAAGUCCUGGGAGACAUGACAACGGAGACGCAUCGACCGCCUCUGGCUCGAACGAUGAUCAAAGUCACUGCAAGAUCGAUUUACGCAAUCGUAGCGGGAUGGUGAUUUGGGAGGAUGCCAAUCAUGAGGAGCAGCAAACAUCAGACUUGCGCAUCGACCUAUCCGUGGAUACUGCAAAGCGAGAAGCUGUUUUUGCCCUCCAUGGCUUCUUCUAUUCCAAAAGCGGCGGUCACAAAGCCUAUCUCUCGCUACUUGUUUAUCCGGAAAAAGUCGAGUCUAUUGAAUUCGAACGCGCCCGUUUUGUGCCCGAAUCUAUCAUGAACAACAUUCCCGAUGACAGCACUGUUUCUCUGCGUUUCACUAUGACACAACCGCCAAACAUGAUGGUACCCAAGGAUCGGCGUGUUGAGCCGAAGCCGCGGUACCAAGCUGUUCUUGAUACUAUCGCAUCUUUGGGAUCGGUUAAUCGAUUCACCAUUAACCUAAGUGACCUUUCACCGGAUAUUCAACAAGAACUGGCUUUGCUGCCCUCCGUCUUCUCGUCUGUCCGUCCAUUCGGCCGGCUACAGGCGGACGAGAAGUGGGCGCCCCCAGGCUCAUUGUAUCAGUACACAUUUGCUCAGGUCAUUGACUUGACCAGUGCUGCCCCUGUCUCUACCGCCGAUUCUAUCAAGGAGUCGGAGGAGUUGGGAAAUCCAGUUGAGGAAGGAGCCGCCGUACCCCCGCCAUACUCACCAGGGGACUCCCAGCGUUCGGUACAAAGCCUUGGUCCCUCAAGUAGGAAGCGAAGGGCCAGUGAACCCUUGCUUGCUCACACCACGGAAAAGCACGGCGAUUCAGACUCCAUACUGGGAUACGGAACACCAGGAAAAGAGCCUCAACCACCGUACACUAGGAGUGGCAGUCUCGCAAGUCCUGCACAUUUCUCAACCCCAUCUGACCGCAAACGUCAACGUACCGAUGCACUCCUAUCCCCUGUAACCAAUGCCGAUAUCGUUUCAGCAUUGCGCCAAGUUCUCACGUACAACACCUCCCUCUCAAACCGUAUUUCACAGCUCGAAACCCGCCUCGAUCACUGUUCCUCUCGACUCGACUCGUUAAUAACCGAGUUUGUCGCCACCACCGAUCGCACCCGGACUCCCUGCCGUUAUGACACUGAAGAAGCAGAGCACGUUUUCAGUCAGAUUGACCAGCGUAUCGAAGACGGCAUUUACGACAUACGCCACGAGCUCGAAGACACGAUCAAGGUUGAGGCGGAGGAGCGGGUCACUGAAGAAGUGAGGCUGCAACAUGAGGAACUUCGUAACAAAGUGGAAGGGGACUGGACCGAAGACGUGAGGCGAGGGAUUGCUGAGCAAAUUGCCUCGGAGGUAGAGGAGAAGACGACGCGCGAGGUGCUGAAGGGGAUUGCGGACGUUUUGAUGGGUGCUUAUCAGGCCAGUCAGGACGGGAUAUCCAGCUUGUUCCCAGGCAACAACAGAUUCGGUGCGACUGCAGCUCUACCUGGCGAAGUGGCCCUCCGUGCGGCGGUGGAGGAUAUCCAGAGCAAGUACAAGAAUGAAUUGACUGGAGAGGAAAUGGUUGGGGUGUUGGAUCUCCUCGAGGAAAACCCGCUAAGUGCGGUCAAGUACAAUGCGUGUGGUGAGGAGACGAGAAGGGUGUAUGUGAUGAAGUGGAAGGCGGACGUCUCAGGACGGGGUAUAUUCAAAUCGACAUGGUAUAAGCGAUAAUGGUAGCGAUGGAUGUUGGCAAUAUUGGCAGGCAGAGGGAGUUCUUGCGCGCGCGCAAACGAUGACGGAUUAUGACGGCGAUGAUUUAUUUCAGGGUAUAUACUCGCAUUCACAAUUAACGAGCGACCUUGUACCCCCGUUCCUCAUAGUUACUAAACAUGUGAGACCCAGACGCUCAGUAAUGUUACUUUG